AUGCUACCUCUGCUUUUUCUAACACUAUUCUUCACUAGCGUAUCAUCGUCCCAUAACAACAGACCGUCAUCAGCCAUACGAUUCAGAUUGUCACGAGGUGUCGCGGCGGAGAGGCUGGUUCUGAAGCGGGCAGACGCACCGUUUAAACUCGCACUGUUUGCGGACUUGCAUUUUGGGGAGAACGCGUGGAUGAAUUGGGGCCCACUUCAAGAUGUCAAGUUCAUCCAGGUCAUGAACUCGGUGCUCGACAGUGAAACUCCUUGUGAGAAUGGUUUCCGUAAACUCAACUGGGAUCGAUUAGAGCAUGCUUGGAUUGGUGCUUGUACUGAUAAAGGUAAACGAACUGCAGAUGUUUCAGAGUGCGUGUUCGCGUCUGAAGCAAGAUCUAAGAAAGACUUAGCAUGGCAUGAUGUUGCAAUGUGUCGCAACUUCAGAUAUUCGAGGGCUGGCGAACUUGAAGUUCUUGUACGAUAUGUUGGUUUUGGCAAGGUGGAGGAUGAGUGGGUGAAUGUGAAAAAUGAGAUGCGAGAGAGAUCUAUCCCAUUGGAACCUUCAGAGUGUCCCAAGGUGAAGGAUGGAGAUCUUGUACUAUGUUUCCUGGAAAGGGGUGAUUAUGGCCUCUACUUUGAUGCUCGUGUAGUAAGAAUCCAGAGGAGGCUACACGAUGCGACAGAUUGCAAGUGCAUCUUCACUGUUCGGUUUCUCCAUGACAACUCUGAGGAAGAAAUUCAUUGGAAAGGGGUAUGCUAUAGGCCUACACAAGGCAAUUCUACACAAGAGAAGUUUGUUGUCUUUCAUAACUCCCCAAAACCUACACAAGAGAAAUCUAAUGUCGCCCAUAACUCCCCAGCACCAACCAUAGAACCGAGCCUAAGUGACAUCGAGAACUUGUGGCCAUGA